UGAGAACACUUAUCUGUUAGAUAAUUCAUCCAUCUUUUAUUAACCUGUGCUAGAAUAAAUUUGAUUCCAUAAGAAAAUAAUAACAUCAAAUCCACUAGUUACAAUUGGUUAUCCAUCAUGUGAUUCAUUCAUUCAUAUAGAGUUUCGGGUAGUUAGUGAAAUAGUUAUACAAACAUAUACGCAUGCGCAAACAACUCUGUGCUCAAGGUCAAAAGCUUGAUUAGCACAAACUAUUGAUUACCUUUCAUAACAAUCUAAUUUCUGUAAAUAUAUAUUUAUAAUAUUCAUAUUGUACAUAUAUACAUAUAUGUGUGACAGUGUGAAAGUUAUUUUGUAAAUUAAGUACAUAAACGGAAGUAAAGAAUACAACUACAAAACUUUUUUUACUAAAAAAUAAAGCAAAAGGACUCGAACUUAAAACAACGACAACAAAAUCUAAUUACAAAUAUUAUAGAAUUUGUAAUGAAUUUUAAAUCUUUCAAAGUUAGUAGAUUAUAAUAACAAAUUCACCAUAUAAAAUGCGUAUGGAACAAAGAAAACAUUCAAGUUUAUUAUCUGAAUUGGAAAAUAUUUUAUCAACAAAUGAUAGGAAAAUUAAAGUUGGUAAAGAAAUAUUUAGACAACUUUUAAUAAAAAAUCCUCAUUAUAUGAAAAUGUACAAACCACUUCAAUCAGUCACUUUGCCUCAAGCAUUGAAUUUAGAUUAUCUUACUAAAAUGGCUAUAUGUUAUGUGGAUAAUAUCAUGAAAAUUGUGAGAAAUUUUAAUGAAGAAGAGAAAUUACAAGAAACGGUAAAAUAUUUAGCUGCAAUACACACAAAUCGUGGAUUAACAGUAGCCCAUUUUGUGAUUCGAUUAUCAACGUCUAACUACAGUUUCAAUUAAAUUUCAGUUGAAUAUCAUCACUUUCAGAGGAGAUAUAUUAAUCUCAAUAAAAGUAACACAUUCUAGAAUUGGAUAGAUUAAACUAUUUCUAAUGCCGCUUUAUUUAUUUUAAACUCUUUAUCUACAUUAUGUAAUGUAAACCCCGAAUAUAUAUAAUCUUGAAUGCUUUGGUUGACUGUGCUGUGCCAAGGUUCACUUUAUGUGUUCAGUUCUUGAAAGAAAAAUAAAUCGCUCAUCGAUAUUGCAUGAAUUACAAAAAAGAUCUGUCGAAAAUAAAUGUCAGCUAUUAUUUUAGAAAUAAUCACUCCAUUUAACAUUAUAUUUAGCCUGCUAACACUUAUUAUACAUGGAAAUUGAAUAAUAAGUUCUCCAAAAAUAAUUUCUUAUUAAUAUUAGCGGAAAUAUUGAGAGAACGAAAUAUAAGUGUUCACAUUCCUUUAUCAUAGAAACUUACACUAUUAUCCCAUGUUUAACUUUUUCCUGUUACUUGGCGUUUGUCAGCAAGGUGUACCUGUGAUCUUGAGGGAACUGAUGCUCUCUGACAGAUUCGAUCCCGUGUCAUCCAACUUCACAGUUAGAGACGUUACCACUUGGCUAUCCAGGGCGCGAUUUACCUCCCGUCAGAUUGAGAUGAAUUUACAAUUGAUCGAUAUCGAGUCACCUAGAUUGGUGGCUAAUCGCAACUGGCUCAACAGGAUUCGACCUGACAUAUAAGAAAGUGAUCACCGCCUAGUGAUUUAUCAAUUAAUCAUUUGUUUUUGCCUAUACGAUAAUUAGGAAAACGAAAUGAACC